GUCAAGCAAUGCAACUUUCGACGUUGAGCCGGGGGUCUCUUUGGAAACAGCCUCUCUACUUUCGAGUAGGGGUAAGGUCUGCGUACACACACCCUCCCCAGACCCUACUCUUGUGGGAUUUAACUGGGUUGUUGUUGUUGUUUGGUCUUUCUCCAAUUUUAUUGUUCAAAAAUGACUUUUUGCACCGAUGUGCAAAAAACACUAUACAUCGGAUAUUUAAUAGUCUCUCCGUCCCAAAAACUUCUUCCCCUUUCAUUUCUUGUCUCACAAAAUUCUUCCAUUUUCUUUAAAAAAACUCACUUUUACCCCUACUAAUUAACCUACCUACCACAUAAUACUUUUUUACUAAUAACCUACUCAUCACAUAAUGGCAUUUUUUAGAAAGUUAACACAAAAAAAUUCCCCCUUAAAUCUUCUAAAAGUCAAAAUGAGAAUAUCUCUAUAAAAGAGAGAAUUAAAGAACUCCAUCUACAUAUAUUAAUACUCCGUAUAUGUAUCAAGUAUUACAUUAUCAUCCAUCGAAGAAUUAGUUGUGAUCGGAGAGAGAAGGAGAGAUGGCGGAGGAAGUGAAAAACAAGCAGGUUAUACUGAAAAAUUACGUGACCGGAAUUCCGAAAGAGUCGGACAUGGAAAUCCGCACAACCACCGUUAAGCUAGAGCUCCCGCCGGAUUCCGACGGCGGCGUAUUAGUCAAGAAUCUCUACCUCUCAUGCGAUCCGUACAUGCGGACUCGCAUGCAUCUUUCCGACGGCGGCUAUCUUGGUGUGGAUAGCGCAUUCAAACCCGGCUCCCCAAUAGAGGGUUUGGGUGUGGCUAGAAUAGUAGAAUCGGGGAGCCCGGGGUUUAAAAAAGGAGAUUUGGUGUGGGGAAUCACAGGAUGGGAGGAGUACAGUGUCAUGAAUGUGAAGACGCUCUUUAAGAUCCAUCACACAGAUGUUCCACUUUCAUAUUACACUGGAAUUCUAGGAAUGCCUGGUGCCACGGCGUAUUUUGGAUUGCACGAGGUUGGUGCUCCAAAAAAAGGCGAGUCUGUGUUUGUUUCAGCAGCGUCUGGGGCAGUGGGUCAACUUGUGGGACAAUUCGCCAAGAUCUUAGGUUGUCAUGUGGUUGGUAGUGCUGGAUCCAAGCAAAAGGUUGAAAUGUUGAAGAACAAGUUUGGGUAUGAUGAUGCAUUUAACUACAAAGAAGAGAAGGACUUGAGUGCCACUUUGAAAAGAUGCUUCCCCAAAGGAAUCGAUAUUUACUUCGAAAACGUGGGAGGAAAGAUGCUAGAUGCAGUGCUUCUCAACAUGAAUCUCCACGGGCGCAUUAUCGUAUGCGGAAUGAUCUCACAAUACAAUCAAACGAAAGGACUUGAAGGCAUUCAUAAUCUGAUGACUCUCAUCAGUAAAAGGAUUCGCAUGGAAGGGUUUAUGGUUGGUGACUACUAUCAUCUCUACCCUAAAUUUCUUGAAACGGUUCGUUCGUAUAUUAAAGAAGGGAAGAUUGCGUAUGUGGAAGACAUUGCAGAAGGUCUUGAGAGUGCUCCUAACGCUCUGAUCAAGAUCUUUACUGGCGCAAACGUUGGGAAGCAACUUGUGGUUGUUUCUCACGAAUAACUUUUAUUUUUAUUUUCGGAAUCCAUGGCCGGUCCCGUGAAUGAAUAAUAUCUGCUAGUUUCAUUCCCAACGUUAUUUGUGUUUUUUAUUCUAAGAAUAACUCAGCACGGUGUUAAUGUACUCUAUUUCAUUUUCUGUCUUUCUAUUCCAUGCUUUCACAUUUUCAAAUAGCUUGAAGAAAGAAAACAAUGUGUU